GCUGCUGAUACGUACCCCAGAAAAAUACUGGACUAUAUGGAAGGCUUCCUCAUCUCAAAGACAGUGUUCACGUCCUGUGAGCUUGGUGUGUUCGAUGUAUUGCUGAGUGCAGGGCGCCCCCUGUCCGCAGAGGAGAUCUGUCAGGCGAUCGGAGCCAGUCUGGAUGGCACAGAGAGGCUGCUGGCUGCCUGCACCGGCCUGCAGCUGCUCAACACGCACCAGGACAAUGGAAAAUCGUUUUACAGUAACACAGAGCAAGCCAGUGUCUACCUGACCCGCUCCAGUCCUGUAUCCCUCUACCACUCCAUCCAGUACAGCUCCAGAACCAUCUACCUCUGCUGGCAUCACCUGACCGACGCUGUCAGAGAGGGAAGAAACCAGUAUGAAAAGGCUUUUGGAGUCAGCUCUAAAGACCUGUUUCAGGCUCUCUACAGGUCUGAUGAGGAGAUGGUGAAGUUUAUGAAGUUAAUGAACUCCAUUUGGAACAUCUGUGGUAGAGACGUGGUCACGGCCUUUGACCUUUCGCCUUUCAAACUCAUCUGUGACCUCGGAGGUUGCAGUGGAGCAUUAGCCAAGCAGUGCACGUCAGCCUACCCAGAAUGCACUGUGAUGAUCUUUGACCUCCCCAAGGUGGUGCGUACAUCGAGGGAACACUUUGUCACCAAGGCCGACCAGAGGAUAAGCUUCAGCGAAGGGGACUUUUUCAAAGACCCCCUGCCAGAGGCUGACCUCUAUAUCCUCGCCAGAAUCCUCCACGACUGGACAGACGAUCGCUGUGUGGAGCUACUCAGCAAAGCCUACAAAGCUUGCAAACCAGGAGGCGCUGUGUUGCUGGUGGAGGCGUUGCUCCAUGAAGACGGCUCUGGCCCACUAACGGUGCAGCUAUACUCCCUGAACAUGCUGGUGCAGACGGAGGGCCGGGAGAGAACCGCAGCCCAGUAUGCUGCUCUGCUGGCUGCUGCUGGCUUCACUGACAUCCAGCACCGCCACACAGGCAAGAUUUAUGACGCCGUCCUGGGACGCAAAGAGACAUGA